AUGAAAGCCCUCCGCGCGCUGCCCACGGCACCAAGCCGGCGAGCCAUCCCCGCCCUAUGCGCCGCCUGCACAUCAACGCCCUCCUCCUCGAGCUCCGCCCGCCCAUUCUCCGUCCUGAACCGCCCGCCGCCAAACUACGAAGGCCACGUUCCCCUCACCAGGACCGAGCGCGGAGCCCUUGCCCUCGGCGCGGGCAUCUGGUCCCUCCUGUCCCCCUACCGCGCCGACCUCAUCGCCGCCGUGGGCGAGGCCACCGCGACGCCCUACUUCAUCUACCGCCUGCGCGACGCCAUGCUCGCGGACCCGACGGGCCGCCGCAUCCUCCGCGACCGGCCCCGCAUGACCUCGCAGACACUCGACCUCGAGCGCCUGCGGCGGCUGCCGGAGAACAGCGUCGGGCGGGCGUACGUCGGCUGGCUGGACGCCGAGGGCGUGAGCCCGGACACGAGGAGCCGGGUGCGGUACAUCGACGACGCGGAGUGCGCGUACGUCAUGCAGCGGUACCGCGAGUGCCACGACUUCUACCACGCGCUGACGGGCCUGCCGGUCGUGAGGGAGGGCGAGGUCGCGCUUAAGGCGUUCGAGUUCGCCAACACGCUGAUCCCGAUGACGGGGCUGGCGACGUUCAGCUACAUCACGCUGAAGGAGGGGGAGCGCAGGCGGUUCAGGGAGAUUUACGGCCCGUGGGCCGUGAGGAACGGGUUGAGGGCCAAGGAGGUGAUCAACGUCUACUGGGAGGAGCAGUUCGAGCGGGACGUGGACGAGUUGAGGGCCGAGCUGGGCAUCGAGAGGCCGCCUGAUAUGAGGACUAUUCGGAAGAAGGAGCGGGAGGAGAAGAAGAGGGCAAAGGAGGCGCUGAAGAACAUGUAG